AUGGCGGUCAAUGAAAUCAGCCUAGAAGAAGGCCUCCAGGAUACCCCACGGGCAGAAAAUAUCGACCCAACCCUACAAGGACUUCCAACCACAGUACGCUGGUACAUCGACUCUCGAGACUGGGAGUCGCACGGCCUAGACCUGCCUUUAAUAGAAGCCCUCCGCCCAGACGAGCAAAAAGCCGUGAGGAGAUUCCACCAUGCCACCGACAGGCGCAUGUCUCUAUCCUCCCACCUCUUAAAAUACCUGUACAUACACCAUGCGUGCAGCGUGCCAUGGAAAGACAUCGUCCUCGCCCGCACUCCAGCACCAGAAGGCCGCCCAUACUACAAGCCCGCCGCAGGUCCCGGCAUUGAAUUCAACGUCACCCACCAAGCAGGCAUCAUCGGGCUAGCCGGCACGCUCGAACCAUCAGAAGACCAACUCCUGCGCCAUGCAGCAGGAGGGAUCCUCCCUCCUAGGCCACGCCUGGGCAUAGAUGUGACCUGCGUGAACGAGCACCGGCGCCGCACGCUGACGACCAUGAACGAAUAUCUCAACUUCGUCUCGAUGUUCGUCGACGUGUUCUCCGACGAAGAGCUUCGGGUCAUGAAAACCCCCGCUGCCGCCCUGCGACGAGCCCGACACCUCGGGUUCGCAAAGGCAUUCCCCCCCAUGUACGUCGACGAGUCGGGCGCCCCGAUCGAAAAGCCGGAGAGCGUCGUGCGCUUCGGAGUCCGCCUAUUUUACUCCUAUUGGGCUCUCAAGGAAGCAUACUUGAAGAUGACCGGCGAUGCCCUCCUCGCGCCCUGGGUGCGCACCGUGGAAUUCUCAAAUGUGAUUCCGCCCGACCCUGUGCAGCCCCUGGUUGCGCCGAAGCCAUACAGGCCGUCUAAGGACCCGAAGUAUAUCCCGCAGUCGCCGAAGAACUGGGGGCCGCCGUUCAACGAAGUCAAGGUUAGCUUGGCGGGGAAACCGCUUGAGGAUAUCCGACUACAGCUUGUCUCGUUUGAAUCGGAUUAUAUUGUUGCCAUCUCAGCGAAGGGUCUUCCUGUGGGCGUUGUGCCGGGUGUGGUGAAGAACGUUGAUCUGCAUCACCUACCUGGACAUAUCACAGUUCGAUCAGGCGAAGAGACUGAAGAAUGGCGCGUCCCGAUCAAUGUGAAGAAGGUUCUCGGUGAUGUAGACCCUUGGAACAUCCCCUUUGCAAUCAAAGACCCGUGGCUUCCGAUGCAGGAAAUUGAUAUCGAAUUAGAUGUCCGGCCUUGUGCUGAGGGGCGCUGUGUCCAUCCUGAAAGCCCUGCGAGGGUGCUAUCUGGUGCUUAA